CGCGGGAACUGCAGCAGCACUGAGCCAAGAUGGCGGCCAGCAGAACCGGAGGAACGUCUGUGUGACGCUGUAGAGCGGGAAACUGCAGGAAGUGGUAGCGGAGCACCGAGCAGACGGUAUCAAUCAAUCCCCGAUCACCGAUCAUCGAUCAGACGGUAUCAAUCAAUCCCCGAGCGCUGCUACAAACAAACGACCCGGAGGAUCGGUGCCGAGCCGCCGGUACCGGAGCCGCUGAACCCGGUGUUGGUGAUGCUGCAGCUCCCUCUGGUGGUGACGGCUCAGGUGGACCUGGUCCUGGUUCUGGUCUCCCUGCUGGCCCUCUGGACCAGACUGAGCCGCCUCAGCUACCCCAACGCUGUGGUGUUUGAUGAGGUGUACUACGGUCAGUUUGUGUCUCUCUACAUGAAGAGAGUUUUCUUCAUCGAUGACAGCGGACCGCCGCUCGGUCACAUGAUCCUGGCCCUGGGAGCGUACCUGGGAGGCUUCGAUGGGAACUUUGUGUGGAACAGAAUCGGAGCAGAGUACCCCAGCAGUGUGAGUGUGUGGAGUCUGCGCCUGCUGCCCGCUCUGUGUGGAGCUCUCUGUGUUCCUCUGCUUUACCUGUUGACUCUGGAGCUGAAGUUUUCUCACCUGUCGGCUCUGGGAGCCGCACUGCUGCUGCUGCUGGAGAACUCUCUGAUCGUCCAAUCCCGGUUCAUGUUGCUGGAGUCUGUUCUCAUCUUCUUCGUGCUGUUGGCCUUCUUCUCCUACCUGCGGUUCCACAACGCUCCCAACAGCUGGUCCAGGUACUGCUGGCUGCUAGUUUCUGGAGCUUCCUGUGCUGCGGCUGUCGGGGUGAAGUAUAUGGGCGUGUUCUCCUACCUGCUGCUGUUGGGCGUGGCCUCUCUGCACACGUGGAACCUGAUUGGAGAUCGAACUGUCAGUCAUCUGAGUGUGUGUGUGCAGUGUGUGUGUCGAGCUGUGUGUCUGUUGGUGCUUCCUGUCCUCCUCUACGUGUUCUGGUUCUACGUCCACCUGACCAUCCUGCACCGCAGCGGACCACAUGACCAACUGAUGAGCUCCGCCUUCCAGGCCAGUCUGGAGGGCGGUCUCUCCAGGAUCACUCAGGGUCAGCCUCUGGAAGUCUCUUACGGCAGUCAGGUGACUUUAAGAAGCUCCGCCUCCCAGCCAAUCCCCUGCUGGCUCCACUCGCACAAAGCCAACUAUCCAGUCAGGUAUGACAAUGGGCGGGGCAGCUCUCACCAGCAGCAGGUCACCUGUUACCCCUUCAAAGACGUCAACAACUGGUGGAUCAUCAAGGACCCCGGCAGACAGGAGCUGGUGGUCAGCAGUCCUCCUCGACCUGUCCGUCAUGGUGAUGUCAUCCAGGUGGUUCAUGGGAUGACCUCGCGCUUCCUCAACAGUCAUGAUGUAGCAGCUCCCAUGAGCCCUCACGCACAGGAAGUGUCGGGUUACAUCGACUUCAAUGUUUCCAUGCCGACACAGAACCUGUGGAGAGUGGAUAUCUCUAACAGGGAGGCGGACUCGGACUCGUGGAAGACGAUCCUGUCUGAGGUUCGAUUGGUCCACGUCAACACCUCAGCUGUCCUCCGGCUGAGUGGUGUGUCUCUUCCAGAGUGGGGUUUCCGUCAGUUGGAGGUUGUCGCUGAUAAACUGUUCAAAGCUCAGAGCAGCAGUUUGGACUGGACGGUGGAGGAGCACCGAUAUGGAACCAGUCAGGAGCAGAAGGAGAGGGAGGCGGAGCUUCAUUCUCCGACUCACAUCGACGUGGACAGAAAGAUUUCCUUCUGGGCCAAAUUUAUAGAACUUCAGUGGAAGAUGUUGACGGUGAAACAGGAAGACUCUGAGCACAAAUAUAGCUCCUCCCCCAUCGAGUGGAUCACCAUGGAAACCAACAUCGCAUACUGGCUGCACUCCUCCUCCAACGCUCAGAUCCAUCUGAUUGGUAAUCCGGUAUCGUGGGGCGUGGCCAACCUCAGCCUGCUGGCCUAUCAGCUGCUGGCUGCCAUUUACCUGCUGAGGAGGAGGCGGGGCUUCAAAGACCUCCCUGAUGGUGUGUGGACUCAGUUUGUGUGUCUGGGCUGUGUGUGUGUUGGUGGCUGGUUGGUGAACUUCGUCCCGUUCUUCCUGAUGGAGAAGACUCUCUUCCUGUAUCACUACCUGCCCGCCCUCUGCUACCUGUACCUGCUGAGCCCCGCCCUGCUGGAGCACGCACACACUCACCUGCUCAGCAGUGCGACACACCGGCGUGCGCUGUGUGUGUGCGUGUCGGCGGUGCUGCUGUCUGUCUUCUUCUCGUAUCGAACCUUUUGCCCUUUGACCUACGGCAGCCCUGAGCUCUCGGCCAAUCAGCUGCAAGGACUGAAGUGGAGAGGCUCCUGGGACAUCCUGUACCGCCGCCGCUGAACUUCCUGUUUUUGAACUGUCCGUGAUGUCAGCAGUGAUGUCAGAGGUGAUGUCAUGUUGGAGGCGGAGCUUCAGCCUCAAUAAAGUGAAACAGGAUCAAAUGUCUGAUUGAUGUGUGACAUCAUUUCCUGUUGUAGAAGACUACAAAAUAAAACACUGCUUUUAUUUUGA